CAGCAGGAGCGAUGAGUCCAGAAGAGGUUGCGAAGCAAUUCUGCGAGCGAGAAGGCGCAUACAACGACAAAUUCCGCCUCAACACGAUCCUUGUUCCACAUGGCACGCUCAAAGGACGUACGCUUCUCGAGAUUGUUCCGAAUUUCAGCAAAGCCUGCCCAGAACAACCAUUUCGCUUCUCAGAUCUUCCCACUGAGUUGAAAGUCAGGAUCUACGGCUAUGUCCUGAUCUUGGGAGAGACAGGCUGCGUCACUCUAGACACGCACAACUGGUGGUCGUCGGACUUUCGCCGCAGCCGGCAAAAGUGUGUCACGAAGGGUUUCAAGAGAACGGACAAAUCGCCGUGGCACAAGGGUCUGAAGUGGGAAGAACAAGAAGCAAAGUGGGUGGGUGGAGAGCCAAGCCCAUUCAGUCUCCUGCUCGUCAACAAGGAAAUCAAUGCAGAGGCAACCCCCAUCGCAUACGGCUCCAAUUGCUUUGACAUUAAAAGCUAUCCCAUUGCCCGCUCGUUUGCGAAGACGAUCGGUGCAAAUUUGAAGCACCUCACCAUGAUUCGCCUGAGAGCGUGCUCCCUAACGACAUUUGAUCAGGCGCUGCGCGCUCUCUUUGGUGCUGAUGGAUUGCGGAGGAUGUACUUGAGCGACAGCUUUGUACUGGAGGUGCUGCGCUCCGAGGCACAGGAUCGCGAAGAUGUGUCCUCAUGGGCAGAGGUUUUGGACCACGCUGUCAGAGGCCUUUUGUUGGUGGCUCAGGCUACAAACAGAGCGAAGGGUCGGAAAUGGCGCGCACUCGACAUCAUACAGCUCAGGAGGGAAAAGCGCUAUCGUCUUGAGGAUGUGGAGCAAGUUGAAGAGAAGCGUCAGGACAGAGAGAAGCUGCAGGCUUUCCGCCAAGCCUUCCGCAAGCGAGCCAACGCGUAUCUCCGUGAAGAAUAAUUGAAGUUGUGUAAUGACUUCGAGUGCGACCACAGAACACAUUAGCAACUGCGACACACUGCUCUACAAGUCGUAUUUGGAGCGGCUGGCAAACGAAACGGCAUUACUCUGGACUUCAAAGUAGGGGAAAGAAAGAACUUUUCAAUCAUGCUGGCUGCUGGGAGGCGUAAAGGCAGAGCGAAGGGGGCUUUUCCUUGAUGAUCAUGCCUCAACAAUCAUGGAUGGACUUCUGGGAAGGGACAAAAAGCGGCAAC